AUGCAUCGCCAGAUGGUCAUUAAAGGGAAAUCAGUUACGUUUAAUGAAAUCGUUGCCAGUCAACCGGCAGAUCCAGAGAAAAAGACGGAGGAGGGAGAUGGAGAGAGUGCGACUGCGAAGAAGAAUUACUCUCUUGAUUCGGAUGAGGAAGAUGAUGUCCGGUCCAAAAAACUUGACGUCAACGACAUUGAUGGACAAGAAGAUACAACUAUGAGAAGAGACGGUGAACAAGUCAUAACUCCAUUCAACUUGGACGAUGAAAACGAAGAGGGGCAUUUCGACGAGAAUGGAAAUUUCAUUUUCGACAAGAAGGCCAGUGAAGAGAUAAGAGAUAGCUGGCUCGACUCCAUCGACAUGCAAAAACUACCAGCAGUAGUUCCCCUUGAAUCUAUCUCCAAAGAAUCAACUCCUGAUCCUCUGUCUAAAUUUACAACCGCUGAAAUACUUGGUCAGAUAAUCUCUAUUCUCAAGCCCUCAGAAACUAUAACUAAGGCCCUGAAAAGGUUAGGCGGGACCCAGUUAUCAGCCAGUCAGAGAUUAAGACUGAAAAAGAAAGGUCAGCUCCCCACAGCCAACCCAGCAGAUAAAGAGCAGUUAGAAAAGUUAACAAGUCUGUCUGACUGGAUGCUACACCAGGGCAGGGACACUAUCUAUCAGGAUACCUACGAGAAACUUAACUACGAGAUAAAACAAGCUACAGAGGAUAUAUUUGGAGAUAUGGAGGAGGAAGGAGAAGCAAGCAAGAGUAAGAGAGUAAAGUUAGAUCACGACCCACCUGUUACCAUGGAACUUAACUGGUACUACAAAACUGAUGGAGUUACCAACGGCCCACUUUCUUCUUCUGAGAUGUUCGAUAUGCAAAACAAAAGUGCGUUCAAGCCAGGCACGACGGUUUGCAAAGAAACCAACAAAGAAGCAUUUUAUGAUGUGAAGAGAAUAAAUUUUGACGAUUACAUCGAUUGAAGAGUCGACAUGACACUUCUUGUGUCAUGAUAUCGUAAGUCAGAACAGGUUCUUUUAAGUGCAAAGCUAUUGGUUCCCUUCAAUAUUUAUACUUUGCUUUUACAUCAGUAUGUUUGCUAACUUAUUGCGAUCUUGAAUAAUAGUGUGACAGAAAUAUGUAUCACCAGCGAUCAGCAUAUCCUCUUUCUGUUUUCCAAUAUUCAAUAUAUUAUCUUUUCUGAAUGGAAUAGAAAUUAUUGACCAUUCCAGUUAAAUGGAUUUAUUUGAUAACAUUACCGUAAUGCAUAUUCUGUAAUGGAUAUUUUUACAAUUUUGAUUGUUUGA